CUGUGAGAAGUGACGAGCCUUUUCGCACUCGCAACAGGGCAGAAAAAAGUGCGAAUCGACGCAAAACUCGGCCUAGAAACGUGCUUCGCCACAGCCAGGGCUCAAUACGACCCAAGCUGGUACGACCCAGAUGUCGUUUCCCGCGCCGCCACCAGGCGCCGCUACUAUACCUCAAACUCCAGCGCAAGACGCCCAUUCUCAGUGGCAGCGCCGCUGUGGCAAAUUGAUGUUGAUAGGAGCACAGCACCACUACACCUUUUUGCAGCCAACGCAAUAAACGACGCUCGACCUGUGGCUCGACGUCUCGAACGCCGCAAGCCAGGCUAAUCGCCGAAAUGUGCUAGCUUUUUAUCAGCGUCAACGCAGCAUAGCGCCAGCCGACAUUAGAAGUCCCCGAUUACAUGAGAGUGCGCCUACAGUGCUUCCCGCCCCGCAAUGUCGAGCUCGCGACUGGAUGAAUUACGGCGUGCACUAAGCAGAGUGGCCGAUUUCACAGAGGCGCACAACUCAUUCAUCAAUGCCCACAUGGUGGACUUCUACACAAAAACACACUGGGAGCGCCUUGUGGACGCCGAUGUCGGCAGGGACCUGCUCAGCUUGACUGAGCAAGAACUUUUGUGUUUGGGAACUGAGCAGUUCAUGAAUCUUGAAUGCGUGAGGGCCGGCCGCGUGCCAGCACUGCAUUCCUUGGCACUCGAACUGGAGCGACACACAUUGUCUGCACUUGGGGCUCUCAGCAGCGGCGACCGGCUCACACACCCGGCGGCCUAUGGUGAGAGCAGCAGCAGCAGCUUCGCGGCACGCGGCAUGAGCCCCAAGAAGGAGCACGAGGUGGAGGCCAUGGCCGAGCUGGUGGCCUCACUCGCGCAGCGCUUAGGUGUCCUGCACCUGCUGGACCUAGGCAGCGGCAAGGGUUAUCUGGCCGCGCGACUCUGCGGACCACCGCACGCACUUCAGGUUCUCGCUGUCGACAGCUCGGAAGCGCGAAACCACAGUGCCCGCGAGCGCGCCGCCAAGAUGCUCUGUGCUGAGCGCCUGCAGACGCUCACAGCCAGCGUGGAUGAUCAGUUCGACAUGGACGCCGUGCUGCAUGGCAGCGAUGGGCGCCUACUCGUGUGCGGCCUGCACACAUGUGGCGAGCUGGGACCCAGUGCCCUGAGGCUGGCCGUGCGCGGGGCGCCGAGGGUGCGAGGGCUGUGCCUGGUUGGCUGCUGCUACCACCUGCUGGAGCGCGGCUUUCCCAUGUCCAAAGAGCUCGGGGCUCGCGGGUGUCGGGACCCGGGCCGCAAUGCGCGUAUGCUCGCAGCCCAGUGCGCCGACCGGCGCCAGGAGACUAGCGACACACUCUUCUGGAGAGCGCUGCUCCAGCUGAUGCUAACGGACGAGGAACGAGAGUCUGGAAAGCGCGUGGGUCGUCUGACCGUGGCAGGAUCGUUCGCAGAUUAUGCACAGCAGGCACUGCGGAGGCUCGGCCGCGAUGUCGUUGACGAGUCUGCAUUUCGGGCACAAGCCGAGUGCCUGGAAUGUGAAUACGCAGGUGAACAGCGACGCCGGCUUUCGGCUUUUCACCGGCUGCGUAUCGCCUGGGCUGGCUGCAUCGAGGCCCUGUUGCUUCUGGACAGACUCGUGUUUCUGCUUGAACAGUGGCCGACGGUGGAGGAGGCGCACAUAGUGAGACUGUUUGACCCAACGCUGUCACCCCGUUGCCACGCUCUAGUGGCACUCAUGCACCAGGUUGGACAGGAUUGAAGCAAACAUUCCUUCAGUAGCUUUGAUGUGCUUGUAGAGCCAAGGUACUGUGCAAGCUGUUCGAAUGAGGCUGGUUACUACAUGGAUAGCCGAUUUUUAAUGGAUCGGUGGACAACAUUAUUGCUCAAGGUUCUCUAUAGCUGGAAAUUAACUUCACCGUGCCAGCUGAAGUUCUGACAUGGAAAAGGGGUAGUUUUUGCUGGAGGAAUCUUGAAGCACAAUGGCAGGCUGCCUUUGUCCAUUUGACACAUAAUGAAUACAAAAGUCAUCAGGGUUCUGGUAUCGAGGCUCAUAUGUGAGCCAUAUGCCAAGGACUAUGUAAAUGUUUGGAACAAAACAGCGCGGUAUUCACGGGGACCAGCAGGGAGAAACGACACGGACGAGCGCUGACUUGCAAAUGAAGUUUAUUGCUUGGAACGAAGCAUAUAUAACAGCUCCAACCAACACUUGUCCCCGUGAAUACCAUGCUGUUCUGUUUCAAAUAUGUCUUACCAACUCGCCCAAAUGUCUGUUUUAACUAUGUAAAAGCCCUUCUUACCUACACAUUUUCAUGAACCCAGCCUUCAGUUUAUUAUUGGGAGGACAAAGUUUUGCACAUUUCCCAUGGCUAUCACAAGCUUGAUCCUUUACUGUACAUGCAGCCAUUGCUAUAACUUGAGAAGAAACAAGCUGAUCAGUUUGUCAGACUGUACAAUGACAUCGCAAUAGGCAGUGCAUUCCAAGAAUUUAGAUUUAGGCCACCUGGUAUAUGCAUGCUGCAAAAUGAAGACAGCAAAAUGUUCAUGAAUUUACAGUUAAAAUGCAGGUCUCCCUUGAACCUGGACAUGAACUUGUGGCUUCAGAAGCAGUACAAUAACAUAAGAAUGCCUUCAACAGUAUCUGUAGCCAGAUAUUACCUUGGGGUGCUUUCCACCCUUUUUUUUUUCAUAGGAGGGUGUUCACAAGGGACCUGCAAAAAUAUCUAAGACCCCCCGCUCCCUCCCCUUAUCCCUUACUGGCUAUGUCUCUCCCGACCACCCCCCACUGACUUUAGACAAUAUGCAUAAAAUUAGGACAGCUACAAUGGCAACUUUUGAUUGAGCCCAAAAUUACAAAACGGGAGACCAGGCAACGGUGUGUUUUUCCCUUUUUCUCUUUUUUUGCCCCCUUAGCUGUAUCUUUCCAUUCCUUGCCGUGCUGUAAUAAGUUUGUAGUGCAGUAACAACUUUCCCAAUCUUCAACACUAGCUGGCAACAUAAUUUGGACAAACAUAAAUGUCACAACUGUUUCAGUAUAAAAUGCCCCAUCUGAAAAAAAAAAAAAUUAAGAGGUGUGCUCUCGGCCUCAUUCGUAAAAGGCAAUAAAUCUCCUAAUUCUGAACCAUUGGCCUCUGAACCAGGAACGUAGACAGUAUAGAUAAGCUGAAGAGCAACGGUAGUGUGUGAAAUUACUGCAAGUGAAUGCCUGUUUGCAGCUUUCUGGCAUGUGCAGUAUAUCUUGGCUUAUGCAUUUACACUUCCCAGACUAAUAUUGCAAAAUUACAAUACUGCUCUUCGCUGGGUUUGCACUACAUAGUUCCUACAUUCCACACCACCAUACAUGUAAGCCAUAUAUACGAGUGUGUUUUUGUCUGUAAAGAUACCUCAGGCAUUGUGAUGUUGUGAUGUCCUUUGAGAAGAAACAAGACUGGACCUACAGUAAUACCUGUGGAUUUGCGAAAACGAAAUGCCUAGUCAAAAGAGUCCUACAGUUUAGCAAUCCCACUAAUGGUGAGGCCAUGAAUUGUACUUCCAUCAUACUUCCUACAUUUCAUCAACUCUGCUUAACAGAAGCAGAUGAGCCGCAUAUUUAUUAGUGGUGCAGCCCCUUAUGUCAUGAUACACCUUUUCCCUUCCCCUUGGAAUGAAAUAAUAAAGAUGUUUUCAACGCA